AUGGAUACGCCAAGUCGGAAGUCAGUUGCUAUCGUUGGCGCCGGCGUUUUUGGCCUCUCUCUGGCCCUCGCUCUAAGAAAAAGGAAAUACAAGGUUGAUGUUUUUGAUCAACACAAAUAUGAUUUGACACGAUAUGAGCCUGGAAAAGGCAACGAGUACCAAGUCGCAUCGGUCGACCACAAUAAAAUUGCAUGUUCUUCCCCGUUAUCUCAUGAAGUACAGAAACUCCAGGCUAACAUCAGUCGUGAAAAGUUUCGAGCAUCUUAUGGCAAAAAGAUUCAUUAUCAGAGGCUCGCUCUCGAGAGUCGGCAGGCUUGGGAGAACAUUAAUAUUAGCUUGAACGAACAAUAUCAGAGCGGCGUGGCAGGAUCCGAAUUCAACCUAUUCCAGAGCUGUGGCAUGCUUCGCGUCCAGCCAACUGAUCAACUUGAUACCCUAGAACGAGAGACUCUGGAAUCUUUGAAGUCUGAGGGACAUCGAGAUGCCCAGUUUGUGAAGGGUGACUCUCAAGACCGAGAGCGGGCCAUGGAGUCCGGCUGGGACAAGAAGCUUCUGGACUUUACUAUUCCCGAAACAUCUCCUCCCAGAACCUUUGAGGCUGUGCUUGAUUCGCUGGCUGGAUUCACACAAUGUAGCCAGGCUUGCGCUUACGUCCAUGGCAGGGCGGUCGAGGAAGGGGUAACGUUUCAUUUGGGCCCAGAACAGGGAAAAUUUGACGGCCUUGUUGUUGAGGAUACUGGAUCCUCCAAGAGGGCUGUCGGAUUGAAGACCAAGGAUGGCUCCAUUCACAAAGCUGACACUGUAGUUAGUGCGGCCGGUUCAUUCUCCACGCAGCUUCUCCCCGAUCUGGCUUAUCAUUUGGAGUCCUCCGCCGGUAGCGUCGUCACUUACAAGAUUGACAAGAGCAACACGGAGCUUUGGGAUAAAUACUCCCCUCAACGUUUCCCAGUGAUCACAUGGAAGAGUGCUCCCCGCAGCGGCAAUGGAAAGGACACCGGUAGCAUAUAUGUGUUUCCCAGGACCCCAGAGGGCCUCAUUAAAAUUGGCUAUCGUGGCAUCAAGUGGACAAAUUUUCAGACUGCCCCGGCGAAUGCGGUCUUCUCGCAGGAUGGCCAGUGGUCUAUACCACUUUCCCCAACCGAUCCAGCCCCAAUACCAGAUGCAGCCAAAGAGGCGAUAAAGAAGUUUGUGUCUAUUUUCUUACCGGACUUUAUGGACUGCGACUUCUACUCAACAAAGCUUUGCUGGUAUACUGAUUCGCUCGAUAAUUCCUUCGUGGUGGACUAUGUACCUACAUACGCCGACAAGAGCGUCUUUGUAUGUACUGGGGGGAGUGGGCAUGGAGCCAAAUUCCUACCUGUUCUUGGAGAUCAUGCAGCGGACAUUCUUGAACAUGGAGAGGAAAGCACGUCGUACAUGCGCAAGCACUGGCAAUGGCGAGAGAGCGCCCCGAGAAGCAAUGGCUUGGAAGACGGGCCGAACGGGCCACGCAACCUGGCAAAACAUGGAAACGCAUCCUGA